AUGGCCGAGACAACGCCCCGCGCGCAGUCACUCGACGAGGGGGAGAAGCGCACCGAAUCCACACCCUCUCCUGACCAUGUACGGACACCCUCUCUCCCCGAACUGAAGCAAGAUGAUGGGGAAACGAGCACCCCACAUAGCGACAAAGAAUACAAGCAUGUGUACCCUGAGGGCUUCAGACUCACACUCAUCUUGACGGCGGUUGUGCUGGCCUACUUCUUGUGGUGCUUUCUCAUCUUCUUCCUGAUCUUCGAGGUGGGAUCGGCACUCUGCGGAGCGGCCCAGUCGUCAUCCAUGUUCAUCGUGGGACGGGCUAUCGCCGGCCUAGGGUGUUCGGGCAUUGCAACUGGUGCCCUCAGUACCAUCGCCGCUUCACUCCCAACCCGGCGGCAGCCCCUUUUCAUGGGACUAAACAUCGGCAUGAGCCAGUUGGGCUUAGCAACGGGACCCAUCAUUGGAGGUGCUUUCAGCACGAAUGUCUCCUGGCGGUGGUGCUUCUACAUCAACCUCCCUCUCGGUGCCGUUGUUGCCGGGUGCCUUCUCUUCCAGAACGUCCCGGAACCGAAAGCAAAGCCACCUGCGCUCCAGGUCCUUGGAACUGCAAUUAAGUCUCUGGAUUUGGUAGGGUUUGCGCUUAUUUGCCCAGCCGCCAUCAUGUUCUUCCUCGGACUCCAGUUCGGUGGGAACCAACACCCAUGGAAUAGCUCAGUCGUCAUUGGCCUUUUGGUUGGAGCUGCCGCUACCCUGGCUGUCUUUCUGGCUUGGGAAUAUCGCCAGGGGGACGGGGCCAUGGUGCCAUUCGCUUUGCUCCGACAUCGCGUCAUCUGGUCUGCUGCAAUGACUUUGUUUUUUGUUCUCUCGAGCAUUCUGCUCGCCGAUUACUAUCUUGCCAUUUAUUUCCAGGUGGUUCUCGACGACACACCCCUGAUGAGCGGUGUCCACAUGUUGCCAACAACUCUCGGACUAGUAGCCUUCACCAUGAUCUCGGGCAGCAUGAUCGAAGUUCUCGGUUACUAUCUUCCAUGGAUCUUGCUCGGGGGUACGCUAUCCACUGUCGGCUACGGACUUCUGUCCCUGUUGAGUCCCACGACCACCGUUGGGGCCUGGGUCGGCUAUCAAAUUCUUUAUGGUGUUGGUAGCGGUGCAGCAGCCGCGGCUCCCUACAUAGCGGUCCAGAACCUUGUUCCUCCAGAGCAGAUUCCCAUCGCCAUGUCUAUCAUCAUUUUCUCCAUGAACAUCGGCGGAGCAGCGACCCUGAUCGGCGCAAAUGCCAUUUUCAGCAACAACCUCCGCGAUGAGCUACAGCAACGUAUCGCCGCAAUUCGUGUUUCCCCAGACCUCAUUGUCAACGCCGGGGUUGAUUCCGUUCGUUCUCUCGUGUCCGGGCCCGCGCUAGAGGCCGCGCUCGAGGCCUACUGUAAAGCUAUCGACCACGUCAUGUAUCUUGGAAUUGCCGUCAGCGCCUGCAUCAUACCCUUUUGUUUAGGGCUGGGGUGGAAAGAUGUUCGGAAAGUAAGGGAACUCAACGCUAUUACUGCGGAGAAGCCCAAAGCGACAUCCGGCCUUGACACCAAGCAGGGUGCAUGA